AUGAAGCGAAAUUAUGGAACUGGCCUUGGUAUACUUAUCGUGUAUUUGAUCUGUGGGACUCAUAUUUACCAUUCCGUGCUCAUAACUUGGGGCAAUAUCAUAAUAAUUAAAUGCUGUGAUAAACGUUACCUUCAUCACAUAAGUUUAUCGUACACGUGGACCUACCUUGCUUACAUGCAUAUUAUUGAGAAAUACCAAAGUCUGCCAUAUAUUUUGUGGGUACACCAGGCUAUAGCACUUAGGCUAGUGGGUAUGGCUUUUGAAAUUUCCUUGAACGAAAGAAUUAAAAACGAAGCACAAGAACAAAAAAAUCAAUCUUCAAAACCCACUGUGGAUAACGUGGAGAAUAGCAUACCUGAAGACCCUAAAGCUAUUGAAAUCAUAGCCUACGCAUAUUUUUUUAUUGGAUUACACAAAGGCCCUUACUAUAGGUGGAAAAUAUUUCAAGACCACUUUGAAACACCAUUCGGAGUACUGGGCGAUUGUAGAGUUAUAACUGAACAGAAACUAAAGAAACUGGCAGCAUAUGUAAUACUAUUUAUGGUGUUGCGGACAAACUUUCCUAUUGAGAUUUACUAUCAAGAUAAUUUCUACGUGGAAUAUGGUGCCGAUAGUCGCUACUUGUACAACUUACCGCAUUUGGUAAUGUACUGCCUUCAACACCAAAUCGUUAUGACGCUGUGUUCUAGCAUUUGUACUGAAGCUGGGUUCGGAGUUUAUCCAGCUAAGUGUAAUCCUCUACCUGGCCACGGACCAUCUGCGCGAUUGAGCUUGUUGAAACUAGCCGCUUCGAAUAACGAUGUAGCAUUGGAACAAGAAUACAAUUUCGCAGUCUUGCGAUCUUUUGAAUUUGACAAAAUGGUGUUCGGACCGAAAAUGCAAGAUACUCUUAGGGCAUGGGACAUCUCCACACGCUAUUGGUUUUACGCACAUGCUUAUAAGAAUACAUGCAAAGCUCAAAAGCAAAUAAGAAAAUUGUUAACAUACUUACUGUGGUCACUAUGGUGCGGUCCAUCGUUGCAACAGUUUAUCAUUGCUUCCACACUGUACGUGCACACGCAAUUGGAGAAAGAGUAUGCAGCGUUGCAAGUACCGAAUGAAUCAAUGAAGGUGACUUGGGAGGUCGGAUAUUCGAUAACACGCUUACUUUGUCUCACCUACCUUACUCCCUGUCUUAUCAUACAAAAUCCGAUGGUUGUGCUCAAAUACUACAAUUCUAUUUUAUGGAUGUAUCAUUUCCUUUUAUUAGUCUUCAUCAUAGCUGCCCUGGAGUCAUAUCACGACAUGUCGGUAGCAAAAGCAUAA